AUAAACAUGGGACUCACAAUAGCACACUAACAAUAGCUAUAGCAAAUCAUGCUAAAAAUGAAAAUGUCAAAGGAUACUAUUGUUAAAAUCGAUGAACCACACAGUAGCAAUGGACAAAACAAAAAAUCUGAAAUUAAUAUUCUAUGCUUGGACAUAACACCAUACAGCCCAUUAGUUCAAUUUGCUUGUUGUUCUAUAUUUGUAUUUGUGUGUUAUUUAGCAUAUGGAUAUUUUCUGGAACUAAUAUUUUCAAAAUCUGAGGUUAAACCUGUGAGCCUCUACAUUACACUAGUUCAAUUUUUAAUAACAAUGUCUCUCAGUUAUGUUGAAUCAAUCAUAAGGAAUCCUAUAAAAAGAAAAGUACCAAUAAGAACCUAUGCUAUUUUGGCGGCUCUGACAUUAGGUACAAUGUCCUUUUCGAACUUAGCAUUAAGUUACUUGAAUUACCCGACUCAACUAAUAUUUAAGAGCUGUAAACUAAUCCCCGUCAUGAUUGGCAGCAUUAUUAUUCUAGGGAAAAGAUAUGGAUUUUUAGAUUAUGUCGCAGCUGUUAUUAUGUGCAUAGGAUUGACAAUGUUUACAUUAGCUGAUUCAAAAACUUCACCUAACUUUGACGUCAUUGGUGUGAUUGUAAUAUCACUAGCAUUAUUAUGUGAUGCUAUUAUUGGAAAUGUUCAAGAAAAGGCAAUGAAACAAUUCCAAGCAUCGAACAAUGAAGUUGUGUUCUAUUCAUAUGCAAUUGCAUGUGUUUAUCUCGUAGUCAUAACUGGUUUUAGUGGAAUAUUAACCGAUGGAUUUGUUUAUUGUUCUCAGUCGGCAACAACAAUGUAUUUUAAUAUAUUUCUGCUAAGUGUGAGUGGAUAUAUGGGAUUACAAGCAGUAUUAACAUUAGUCCGUAUAUGCGGCGCUACAGUGGCGGUUACGGUUACUACAAUGAGGAAGGCUCUCUCGAUAAUCAUAUCAUUCUUGCUUUUUAGCAAACCAUUCGUUUUUCAGUAUGCCUGGUCGGGUAUGUUGGUGGCAUUGGCGAUAUACCUCAACCAUUACAGCAAGAAGAAUCCACAUUAUGUUCCUUACCCAAUCCUGAAAUGUUGGCAGUUCAUGCAGUCAUUCUACCAAUCUGAAUAUAGAUACCUAAGAAUAAAAAGUAAAAUGUAUGCUGAUACAGUAUAAACAUUUUUUAAUAAUAUAUUUUUUGUUCUAAAUGACAUGUGAUAAAAAAAUUUAAUAAGAUUUUUUAAAGUUUAAUAGUUUGACAUUAAAGGGCUCAAAUUACUAUAGUAUUUUUAAUAUCAUUUAUUUAUUA